GAGAGAGAAUCUGUUACGGUUAUCUUUGCGCAAUCAUCCACCCAGUCACCCACACACACAAUUCAAGCGUUACAAAGAUAGAGAUGGAAGUUCAAGCUCUACUCCCCAGUUUCCGGGCCCCACUCCACCGGAAACCGGCAUUUCUCCAGCAAUUCUCUCGAUUUCAGCGGCUAACUACGACCUCGGAGCUUCAGGCGCCGCCCAAAUUCACCGGAAGCAGCUCUUCAACCUCCGUUUCAGUUCCGAGUCACAAGAUUACCGUUCAUGACCGCCAACGCGGGUUAACUCACGAGUUCUUCGUUCCCGAGGAUCAAUACAUAUUGCAUACUGCUGAAGAUCAGGAUAUUAGCCUUCCCUUCGCUUGCAGGCACGGUUGUUGUACUAGCUGUGCUGUCCGUGUCAAAUCCGGACAACUCCGCCAACCCGAGGCACUUGGAAUAUCUGCUGAGUUAAAGUCCCAGGGCUAUGCACUUCUUUGUGUGGGCUUCCCAUCAUCUGAUCUUGAAGUAGAAACACAGGACGAGGAUGAGGUAUACUGGCUUCAGUUUGGGAGAUAUUUCGCUCGAGGUCCAAUUGAAAGGGAUGAUUACGCACUGGAGUUAGCCAUGGCUGAUGAAUGAGGUCUAAGGGGUUGCGGACAUUAUCCACGAAGUUUUGUCUCGGUUUUCCCCAGGUGUGUGAUAUCUUCAGACCUACGUUUCAGUGAGCUCACUUUAAUGCCUAAAUCCUUCAUAUGAUUAGAAUUGUGUAAUGAUAUUAGGAAGUAAAGUGCCUUCAGUGCAUGAAAGAGAAUCAAUAUUUAAGGGUUCUUUUUCCACAACAGAAUAUUCUGAUGCAAUCCAAUUGUAACCUAUCAUUGCAUUUCUUGCUCUUAUUAAGGUGCUCAAUGACAAUCUUCCAAAAUUUGCAAGUAA